UCAGCGAGCAACGUUGUCAACGAGUUUGACGUUUCGGGGUAAUCAAAACACGAACCGCAACGUGCUCCGCUUCCAACGAGUUUUAAAACUUCUUUUCCAAAUUGUCCUUUUUAGAAGCACAAAAUGCAGUCCGACGAGGAGAAAAGUGAGGAGCGUGUACGGCCCGGCACUGGCAGAAAAGGCCCAAAGAGUCACGCAAACGGAGAUGGACCGGGAAACUACAGUAAAAAUGAAAUCCGCAAACGAAGUCGCACCUUCCUUCACCGGCAGUUUCGCAUCAUCGUCCGCAAUCUCUCCUACAAGAUCACCGAGAAAAAACUUCGCAGUGAGUUCGAGCGUUUUGGGGCACUGGAGGAGGUCAAUAUUCUUAAGCGCCCAGACGGCAGGCUUGUAGGGUGCGCGUUCCUGCAGUUCUCUAAAAAGGAAGAAUCCGACCAGGCAAUCCGCGAGAUGGACAGCGAAGUGUUUAUGGGCAGGAAAAUAGAGGUCAGUUAUGCGCUGGAUAAAUCUACCUUCCAGCGAGUGAAACAUGAGAAAGUUCCCAAAAAGGAAGAACUGAAAGAGGAGCAAGAGGACACCAGUGCCGUUACUGACGAGGAUCUCGAAAUCAAGGAUGAAACUAGCGAUGAUUCUGACGAAGAUGAGGACACAGAUGUAAACGAUGGCGGAAACGAUGAUGAUGAUGAGGACGAAGAAGAAGAAGAGGGGGAAGAGGAGGAAGAUGAGGAGGCGGAUACAGAGGAGGAAGAUGAGGAGGCGGACACAGAGGAGGAUGAUAAGCCUGAACUAGACAUGAAAGCCGAUGGCGGAAGUGGUAAGCUUGCAAUCAAGCCGGAGAAAAAACAUAACGAGAUUGAGGAGGGGCGUACCGUGUUUGUCAAGAACUUACCGUUCGAUGUCGAAGUGGAAGAGCUGAAGGAACUAAUGUCCCAGUUCGGUAUCGUAGAGCAGGUGCUAAUCAACCGAGAACCGAUAUCUGGGCACUCGAAGGGUUCGGCAUUCGUAAUCUUCAGACUGAAGGACUCGGCCCAGAUGAGUUGCCGCCAAAGUUUGAAGCUACAGGUGCAUGAUCAAUUUAUCGAAAUUCUAGAAGCUCUGCGCAAAAAGGACAUCAAGGAUCGCGAAAAGGCGCGCCUGGAACGCCAAGCGAAAGAUUCACGAAAUUUGUAUCUCCUGAAGGAGGGCCUUAUCAUGGCCGGUUCCCCGGCUGCCAAGGGGGUUUCCAAGGGCGAUAUGGCGCAGCGGUUACGGCUCGAACAACGCAACAACGAGAUGCUGAAGAACUACAAUCGUUUUGUAUCACGGGAGCGACUUACGAUACACAAUUUGCCAGAAAAUUUUGCCAACGACGACUUGAGAAAGAUGGUGCUGAAGUUUACCUCACACAAACCGAACGAAUGCCGCGUGAUGCGUGACACGCGACCUUCUUUUGGUAAUCCGUCGGGCAAAUCGCGUGGCUACGGAUUCCUAUCUUUCAAGCGUCAUGAAGAAGCGUUGGAAGUUUUGCGUAAACUAAAUAAUAACCCGAGCGUAUUUGGACGAAAUCACAGGCCUAUCGUAUCGUUUAGCAUCGAAGAUAAGAAAGUGCACAAAAUCAAACAGCAACGAUUGGAAAAGUCUCGCCUCAACAAUCCCACGUAUGUGAAGAAGAUGGAAGAACAGAGCAAGAAAAAGGCACAGAAACUGCUCGCGAAGAAAGAGAACAAACGAGCGGCGAUGGAAAAGCUGGCCGUAGCUCCCGGUGCCGUGCUGCAGAAACUCACUAAUGCAAAAGCCAGCGGCCAGGGCGGCAGGGCGGUCCCUGACGCUUCUGGUCCUCGGAAGAAGGAGCGAAAACGGGAUGUUGAGCAAUCACUCACACCCUUCACUGGCGAACUGUCGAAAAAAGGCAAAGUAGGCAUACGAUCGAACCGUAAGAUCCACCACCAAGCCGAUGCUCACAUGCAGCGCAUUAAGGAGGAACGGAAGGAACAGAAAAAGAAACGGACGAAGCAAGAACACGACCGGAAUCGGAAGAUGAAGGUUUCGCGUAAGGUCAAACCGAAGGUAAAUGUCGCGGAGCUGAAAAAAGAGGACAACUAUUUCAAGGAGACAGUGAGCAAAUACAAGGAUUUGAUCAGUAACGCCACCAAUCGUACGGCAAGGGGCAAAUGGUACAACGAAUAGCCGACGAUUUAGUUCACAAAAACGUAAAUUCUAGCUGAUAAAUAAAGAGAAAUCCACAAAGGGUUUGAAACAUGA